UGUGAUCUACCUGCUGAUUUAACAGAGACCAGAGGAGCAGCUAUGAGUUUAACAGCAGCAGCGAGUGGAUUUAUUGUCUUCCUUCUCUCUGUACAAGUGAUCCAGGGUCAGUAUGGCUGGGGGGUAACUUCCACUAUCACUCAGAUCUGUGCCUUACAAGGAUCAACCGUGGAAUUACCGUGCACCUACAGAUACCCAUUCGCAAUGAGGUCUCAAACUACUCAGGUGGAAAAAAGAUUCUGGUUUACUAAAGGGAGACAUUAUGAACCUGUAGAUCUGAAAACAGAUUCAGACUACACAGGUCGUGUUGAGUAUUUAUUUCAUAACGACGACUGCACUCUGAGAAUCAGAGACCUGAGAGAGAGAGACUCUGCUGAGUACAAGUUCAGGUUCAUAACAAACCAUGGUGGUUUCACUGGUUCACCUGGAGUCACUCUGUCUGUUACAGUUCCAGACCUCCAGGUGCAGGUGACAAGAUCAUGGACCCAGGGAGAGCUGAGGUGUCACAGCAGCUGUAAUGUAUCUGAUAAUCCUUCAUAUGUCUGGUUCAAUAAUGGACAGAAAAUGGAUGGAGCAACAUCUUCUUCUCUCAGACUCUCUGUUGAAGAUAACAACAGCUAUUCCUGUGCUGUUACAGGAUAUGAAGAUUACCGCUCUCCUCCAGUGUAUGCUCCAAAGCUUCCCUCUUUGUCAGUGAGUCCCUCUGCUCAGAUAAUGGAGGGCAGUUCAGUGACUCUGACCUGUAGCAGUGAUGCUAACCCAGCAGCUAACUACACCUGGUACAAGGAGAAUGAAGACCCACCAAAAGCAUCAGGACAGAUCUUCACCAUCACUGACUUCAGAGCUGAACACAGUGGGAAUUAUUACUGUGAAGCCCAGAACAGAAGAGGACGUCAGAACUCCACCUUACAUCUGACUGUUGUAGCAGAUAAAUCAACAAUAACACUGAUAACAAACAGCAUCAGGUUGACUCUGGUGGGGGUUGUGGGGCUGAUUCCUCUGCUUCUUUUUUGUCGGAGGAUGAGGAAGAAGAAAGCUCUGAGCUCCACCACUGAACCAAAUGAACCCAUAGAGACUGUGGAGACUCUUGUCCUGAGUAUGAGGACAUCUCAGAGACUGCAGCACAGACAGAAGACCCAGAGGAGCAGGAAGACCUGGUGUGAAGGUCAGACAGCUUUGAGUCUCAGUUUUCUCAGUUUUUAUGAAGCAGCAGGUAGCAGAAGAUUUGAGAAGAAUACAGCUUUAUUUGUACCUGUGCAGGUACAUAACAUAACUGAACUCAGUUCAGGAUUUGACUUGGUAUGCAAAGUGAUAUUUUAUGUAAUAAAAUAAUUUCAAGAAAUAUUGUUCACCCUUUCACAUCACACCUGUCCUGGCAGAGAAAGCCAGUAAAGUCCAACUAUUCCACAGCAUGUACAGUAGAUCUUAUAUGGUAUAUUUUUACACAUUGAAAAACAUGAGCUCAGCUCUGUCAAACUUUGCUAGUUGUUCAUUUGUAUUGAAUGAAUUGUAUUGUAUUGCAUGUAUUGUAGUGUGAACAUGAUGCCAGUUCCCUCUCACUGCUGCAGAGGGAGAUAGUGUUCAGGUGCAAGCUUUUGAUUUCAGCUUUAAACAAACUCUUUUUGUGUUCAUUCUUCAGAAUGAAGUUUUU